AUGGCCCACGGUUUGGUGACAUUCUCCGAUGUAGCCAUAGACUUCUCUCAGGAGGAGUGGGCAUGUCUGGACUCUACGCAGAGAGACCUGUACUGGGACGUGAUGUUGGAGAACUACAGUAACUUGGUCUCCCUGGAUUUGGAAUCACCCUAUGAGACCAAGAGUUUACCUACACAGAAGGGCACUUAUGAGAUAAAUUUUUCCAAACAGAACUCAAAUAGAAAAAGUAAAUCCCUUGGCCUUGACUGGAUGUGUGAAGGUGAGUUUGAAGGACCACAGGCCCCACAAGAGGGAUAUAUCAAUCAAAUCAACUGUGGGAAAACGCCCACUUGCAGAGAAAAUACCUCCGUUCGACCACAUCAGAGACUUCAUAACAGGGAAAAUUCCUAUGAAUGUAAGGAAUGUGGGAAGGCCUUUAGCCGAGGCUAUCAACUUACUCAACAUCAGAAAAUUCACACUGGUGAGAAACCCUACGAAUGUAAAGAAUGUAAAAAGGCCUUCCGUUGGGGUAAUCAGCUUACUCAACAUCAAAAAAUUCACACUGGUGAGAAACCUUAUGAAUGUAAGGACUGCGGGAAGGCGUUUCGGUGGGGUUCAAGCCUCGUUAUUCAUAAGAGAAUUCACACGGGUGAGAAGCCCUAUGAAUGUAAAGACUGUGGGAAGGCCUUCAGACGCGGCGAUGAGCUCACUCAGCAUCAGAGAUUUCACACCGGUGAGAAAGACUAUGAAUGCCAAGACUGCGGGAAGACCUUUAGCCGAGUGUAUAAACUAAUUCAGCAUAAGAGAAUCCACAGUGGUGAGAAACCCUACGAAUGUAAAGACUGUGGGAAGGCCUUUAUCUGUGGUUCCAGCCUCGUCCAACAUAAGAGAAUUCACACCGGUGAGAAGCCCUAUGAGUGCCAAGAGUGUGGGAAGGCCUUUACUCGCGUCAAUUAUCUCACUCAGCAUCAGAAAAUUCACACUGGUGAGAAACCUCAUGAGUGUAAGGAAUGUGGGAAGGCCUUCCGUUGGGGUUCGAGUCUCGUGAAACACGAGAGAAUUCAUACGGGUGAGAAGCCAUAUAAAUGUACAGAAUGUGGGAAGGCCUUUAACUGUGGCUAUCACCUUACUCAGCAUGAGAGAAUCCACACUGGUGAAACGCCUUACAAAUGUAAGGAAUGUGGAAAGGCCUUUAUUUAUGGGUCAAGCCUUGUCAAACAUGAGCGAAUUCAUACAGGGGAGAAACCCUAUGAGUGUAAAGAAUGUGGGAAGGCCUUCAGUCACGGCCAUCAACUUACACAGCAUCAGAAAAUUCAUACUGGUGAGAAACCCUCAGAGUGUAAGGAAUGUGGAAAGGCAUGUAAACGUGUAAACCAUCCUCCAGAACAUCAGAGAAUUCAUGCUGUUGAGAAACCUUUUGGGUACAAAGAGCAUACAGAGGCCUCUAUUCAACAUUCAUUUCUUCCACGACAAGAGGAAAAUCCGUGA